GCGCAACAUCGGCCCCAUAUACUAAUCACCCCGUUAUACUUGGAAUCACUGAAUGAUAGGGUAAACAUCCACUUCAAAUAUCCUAUCCAAGUACUCGAGCUUUUCUUGAGUCUCAGUAAUACUCACUCAUCGUUGGCCUGCAACAAUGGCUCGCCACGGGGAUACUCGCUCACCAUCACCUGUAGGCAGCACAUAUUCCUCAUCCAGACGGAGUCGCAGAGACGAUGAUCGCUAUGAGAGGAGCAGGCGCGACGAUGGCAGGAGUUACCGCAGAUCGCGUAGUCCGGAGCGGCGAUACCGUGAACGUGAACGCGACCGUGACCGAGAUUCCUACCGGAGACGCGAGCGCUCGUUAGACAGACGUGACGACUACCGCGAAGAAGACAGCUAUCGUCCCAGCCGUCGGGAUCGCUCUCGCGAUCGCCGUCGCUCGAGAGAUCGAGAUGAUCAGCGGGACUACCGUCGAAGAAGCCGCGAUAGGGACUAUCGAAGCAGGCGAGAAGAUUCCCGUGAUCGGGCACGGAGACGGACGGAUGAUUCUGCUGACUUGAAGCACAAGUCUAGACGGGACGACAGCCGGGAUCGGGCUAGACGCUCACGGUCCAGGUCUCGUGAGGCAUCGAAACCGUCGACUUCAGCAACACCCGCAACCCAGACGGAAGACGAAAAGAGAGCAGAGCGACGCGCGAAACUGGAGGCAUGGAAACAGAAACAAGCUGCUGAAAAAGAGCGUAAGCAGCGGGAGGCUGCGGCGGCUGGUGGAGCUAGGAGCAUCCUGGAGGAGAUCGACAGGAAGUCUGGCCUAUCGCCGGCCGUUGGCUCGCCUCAGUCUCCGGCACCGCAAGCUGUCGAAACGGCACCUGCGACGUACGCAGGGAAGUUCGAUCCUAAGGCUAUCGCGAAGAAGGGAGCCUCGGCAACUUCUCCCGCGCCAGCUGUUUUGGGUAAUGAUGUUGCUGUGCCUUUACCAUCAAAAACCACCACCCCGGCAUCUGGCGGUCCUGCAGCGGCUACAAGUGGCUCUUCAUCCACUUUGAAAGCUAAGGGCAACGUGGGGAGGUUCGGGCUGGGGAGUAAGCAGGCCGGAGAGGCCGAGAAGUCCAGUGCUACAAAGACUCUCGGUUUCGGGGAAGAAGAGUCCACCCGACGGAAGCUCGAAAGGCUGCCCACUCCACCUUUGGAUGAUUCGAAAGACACCAACGGAACUGCAGCUGUAGGGGCUGAUGAUGACGACGAGGACGACGUCGAUAUGCAUGAUGGCACGGAAGAAGAGAACGCGGCAGCCGCGCGGGCAGCUGCUGAAAGACGAGAGGAGCGCUUGCAAUUAGCUCAAUCCACAGACCUCGCGCAAGAAGCAAACGGUGAUACUGUCAUGGAAGAUGCGACACCCAGCCAGCCUCCCGACAGCAUGGAAUUGGACAACCAAGAAGAAGAGGAAGAAGUCGAUCCAUUGGAUGCUUUCAUGUCUGAGCUCGCAGAUUCCGCGCCUCCCAAGAGAACCGCGGGCGCGAAGUUUUCGCGCGCCAAAGAGCAGCAGCCCGAGGCCAUUUUUGGUGAUGAGCAUGACAUCGAUGUUACUGCUGUUGGUGAAGGAGAUGCGGAUGACUUCCUCGCAAUUGCUAAUAAGGCGAAGAAGAAGAAAGACAUCCCCGCCGUUAACCACGAGAAGGUGGAGUACGAGCCAUUUCGGAGAAAGUUCUACACUGAGCCUUCGGAUCUGGCGCAAAUGUCCGAGGAAGAAGCUGCAAGCUUGCGGCUAGAACUUGACGGCAUCAAAGUCCGUGGUGUGGAUGUCCCGAAGCCAGUGCAGAAAUGGUCUCAAUGCGGAUUGGGCGUGCAGACUCUGGAUGUGAUUGAGAAGCUGGGCUACGAGAAGACCACGUCCAUUCAAGCGCAAGCCAUUCCUGCGAUUAUGUCUGGUCGCGAUGUCAUCGGAGUGGCCAAAACAGGUUCGGGUAAGACAAUUGCGUUCCUGAUCCCCAUGUUCCGGCAUAUCAGAGACCAGCGGCCGUUGGAGAAUAUGGAAGGUCCUAUCGGUUUGAUUAUGACGCCGACCCGCGAGCUGGCAACGCAGAUUCACAAGGACUGCAAGCCCUUCCUCAAAGCGCUAAACCUUCGGGCCGUUUGUGCCUACGGUGGAGCGCCCAUCAAGGACCAGAUCGCUGACCUGAAGCGCGGUGCUGAAAUCAUCGUCUGCACUCCUGGACGUAUGAUCGAUCUUCUCGCAGCUAACGCUGGGCGUGUCACGAAUUUGCGUAGGGUCACAUACGUCGUUCUUGACGAGGCAGAUCGUAUGUUUGACAUGGGCUUCGAACCCCAGGUGAUGAAAAUCAUGGGCAACAUCCGACCUGAUCGACAAACUGUUCUGUUUUCCGCCACCUUCCCACGCAACAUGGAAGCUUUGGCUCGCAAGACUCUGACAAAACCAAUCGAGAUUGUGGUCGGUGGCAAGAGUGUCGUUGCGCCAGAGAUUACGCAGAUUGUCGAGGUUCGCAAUGAUGACCAGAAGUUUGUACGACUUCUGGAAUUGCUUGGUAAUCUCUAUUCGAGCGAAGAGAACGAGGAUGCGCGGGCUCUCAUCUUUGUUGAUCGCCAAGAGGCCGCCGACACCUUGCUUCGCGAGCUCAUGCGCAAGGGCUACCCAUGCAUGUCGAUUCAUGGCGGCAAGGAUCAGAUUGACCGCGACUCCACCAUUGAAGACUUCAAAGCCGGUAUCUUCCCGGUUCUGAUCGCUACCUCGGUCGCAGCACGUGGGUUAGAUGUCAAGCAGCUUAAGCUUGUCGUCAAUUACGAUGCGCCCAACCAUCUUGAGGACUACGUCCACCGUGCUGGACGUACUGGUCGUGCUGGAAACACCGGAACGGCGGUUACUUUCUUGACGGAGGACCAGGAACGGUACUCGGUUGACAUCGCGAAGGCGCUGAAGCAGAGUGGACAGAAUGUUCCCGAACCGGUGCAAAAGCUGGUUGACUCAUUCUUGGAGAAGGUCAAGGCCGGUAAAGAAAAGGCCAGCGCAUCGGGCUUCGGCGGCAAGGGCUUGGAACGACUGGACCAGGAGCGAGAUGCUGCGCGUCUGCGUGAGCGGCGCACAUACAAGACUGGCGAAGAAGGGGAGGAGGAAGACGAGAAGGAUGAUAAGAAAAACGAGCAGGCCGAGGAGCGGUUCGCUAAAGCCAUCUCGUCCGUUCAGGCAGCGGGAUCCGCACCGACAAGUAUGCCUGGGGUGCCCAAGGGUAUCGAUCUGGAUGGCAAGAUUACUGUUCACAAGACCGAGAAGGAUCCCAACAGCACAUCGAAGAACCCGCUGGAUAAGGUGGGCUCGGCUGUUGCGGAUAUCCAUGCCCGUUUGAGCCGUGCCGGUGUGAUGAGAUCAGGAGUGCCUAUCGACAAUCGCGGACCGGAUGCAGGAGCUUUCCAUGCCACCUUGGAGAUCAACGACUUCCCUCAGAAAGCUCGUUGGGCUGUUACCAACCGCACGAACGUGGCCAAGAUCCUCGAAGCCACCGGCACGUCGAUCACGACCAAGGGCAGCUUCUACCCGACCGGCAAAGAGCCUGGUCCCGGAGAGAACCCCAAGCUGUACAUUCUUGUUGAAGGUGAGACUGAGCUGGCCGUGACGAACGCGAUGCGCGAGUUGAUGCGGCUGCUCAAGGAGGGUACGAUUGCGGCGGCGGACAGCGACGCCCGCGCCCCGGUGGGAGGACGGUACAAUGUGGUCUAGUCGCUGCAGUUGCUGUAUAAUAGAGAUGGUGUCUAUGCCUUGUAUCUGCAUCUUUUGCAUUGUAAUCAAAGUAGCCUGC